AUGUACAAGAAUGUAGGCGAGUCUGCUAAUGGUAUUGCCGAUUAUGUUCAUAUCAUUUGUUUCCAUCUAAUUGAAUUAUUUGAGAAAUUCGGGCUUGCCCCAUGGGAAUAUCAUAAUAUUGAUUCAGAAGCUUUACAUUCGCAUCAGAAGGCUACUGAAAAUGCAACAACUUUAAAUGGUGGAUGCUUUCAUGAUGAAACAGAGGAUUUGCUUGUUAUGGAUUUGAAGAAAUUCUUCUGUAGAUUGGGUGAUGACUCUUUCUUGUGUGAUAUCUAUGAUAAUAAUAAAGCUGUUUCUUAUAGAUAA